UGUUGCGGUCGCACGUAUAGAGUUUGAGCUCCGUUAAGUAGAUUUCUUAUUGUCUGUUUUUCAAUUUAAAAUCAAAUUUAUACACCAUCAUUUUCGUUUCUUAUAACGUGUGAAUAUACCCCCUGUUGUAUUUUACAACUAAAACAUCCGGAUUACUUUGUUAUAACUAGUUUUGUUUGAUUUCCCGAGUUGUUAGCUUAUAGCCCGUUAGCAGCACCAGCGUGGUUGCCGCUAAUCCUGCUUGCAUUGUUUACACACUAUUUACACACAUUACCAUUGUUUACUCACUGUUACUUGCUUUAAAUGGCGAAUUUGUGUCCACCUUUGAGUGCAGGUGAGGACACGUUCGAGCUGCACUCGUUGCAGCUCGAGCUGGAGGCCGUGGAGAAGCAGAUUCAGGAGCUGUUGGUCCCGUGCACCCUGGACGCGAUCUUCCCAGAUGUCCUUCACUCCGGCGCCGGGACACCACGGACCCUGGGUGCAGCAGCAGCGGAAGACGCGAGCCAGGCCCCGGCCGAGGACCUCGCCCCCUCCGCCGCCUCCGGUCUUCGAGAUCUCCACCCGGAACCGCUUCGCUCCCCUUCGCGAGACGGAACGCGACGCUGUGAUCGUCGGAGACUCCAUUGUCCGGUACGUACGUGCUACUUUAGCUAAAGGUAAAGUCCACACCCACUGUUUUCCUGGUGCUCGCGUUCUCGAUGUUUCUGCGCAGAUACCCGCAAUCCUGAAGGACGGCGAGAGCGUCGGCGCGAUCGUUCUGCACGCGGGGGUGAACGACACCAGGCUGCGGCAGACGGAGGUUCUGAAGAGGGACUUCAGCAGCCUGAUCGAGACGGUUCGCAGCACGUCGCCCGCGACGAGGAUCAUCGUGUCAGGACCGCUUCCCACGUAUCGACGUGGGCACGAAAAGUUCAGUAGACUUCUUGCUCUAAAUGAAUGGUUACUGACAUGGUGUAAAGAACAGAAACUGCUCUUUGUUAAUAAUUGGAAUCUUUUCUGGGAACGUCCUAGGCUUUUCCGUGCGGAUGGCCUGCACCCCAGCAGAGUCGGAGCGGAGCUGCUGUCGGACAACAUCUCCAGGACGCUACGCUCCAUUUGACUAGUAAGUACAUCCUCAAAUGAUUGCUACGACGGCUUUUGUUCUGAACGCUUAAAUGAGAGUACUUGCACUGUCCAAUCUAUAAAGACUGUGUCUGUUCCUCGAAUAGUGAGAUCAAAACAUAAAUUUAAUGCAGGAUCUAGAAAAAUCUGAUCGUAAUUAAACCAGAAAAAAGCAAAAUACACGAACAGAAACCAUUUUUAAAGCUUGGGCUGCUAAACAUUAGAUCACUUGCACCGAAAGCAGUUAUUGUGAAUGAAAUGAUCACAGAUAAUAGUUUUGAUGUACUCUGCUUAACCGAAACCUGGCUAAAACCUAAUGAUUAUAUUGGUCUAAAUGGAUCCACUCCACCAAACUACUAUUAUAAACAUGAGCCCCGUCAGAGUGGUCGUGGUGGUGGUGUUGCAACAAUAUAUAGUGAUAUUCUCAGUGUUACUCAGAAAACAGGAUACAGGUUUAAUUCAUUUGAAAUACUUUUGCUUAAUGUUACUCUGCCAGAUAUGCAAAAGAAAUCUCUCCUAUCUCUUGUUUUAGCUACUGUGUAUAGACCGCCAGGGCCAUAUACAGAUUUCCUAAAAGAAUUUGCAGAAUUCCUUUCAGAACUAUUGGUUAAUUUUGAUAAAGUGCUAAUUGUCGGAGAUUUUAACAUUCACGUUGAUAAUACAAAUGAUGCGUUAGGACUUGCGUUUACUGACCUAAUAAACUCUUUUGGAGUCAAGCAAAAUGUCACCGGGCCCACUCAUCGUUUUAAUCAUACGCUAGAUUUAAUUAUAUCGCAUGGAAUUGAUCUUACUGAUAUAGAUAUCGUACCUCAAAGUGAUGAUGUUUCUGACCAUUUCCUUGUAUCGUGCAUGCUGCGUAUCACUGAUAUUAACUAUAUGGCUCCACGUUAUCGUCUUGGCAGAACUAUUGUUCCAGCCACCAAAGAUAGAUUUACAAAUAACCUGCCUGAUUUAUCUCAACUGCUCUGUGUACCCCUUAAUACACAGGAUCUAGACAAAAUGACUAGCAAUAUGGGCACCAUCUUCUCCGAUACGUUAGAAGCUGUUGCCCCCAUCAAAUUGAAAAAAGUUAGAGAAAAACGUAUUGCGCCAUGGUACAACAGUAAUACCCAUUCCCUCAAGAAAGAAACUCGCAAUCUUGAGCGCAAAUGGAGAAAAA